AUGGAGCCCUCAGACAUUUCAGACAGUGGGGACUACGAAAAUGAUUCGGAGCCGAGUCAGACAUCUAACCUAGGUGAAAAUCCAUGCUCAAGGGCAAACAAGGCUUCUGAGCGGGCUGAAGAUCCCAGCACUAUUGAAGACACGCCAGCCACAUCUAGGCCGUCCUCCCCGCCGACGGCUCGCUCUACAUUAAAAUGUUCUCGAGCUCGAACGACACUAAGUUCUAAACCCCCGGUGCGCUACCCGUCGAUAGCUGUGGUUAUACCAUCAACGUCCGGGAAACAAGGAGCCGCCAGGACAAGCACAAGGGCCGCUGCGGCAGUAUGCAAGAAGCGACUCCGCUUAGGUCGAGGCACCGGCGACCACCAAGACGAGAACACCCCCUAUGACACAGCACAGCCGUGUCAAAAGAGGAAGAAAAGGAGACCUUCAAUUAGGCCACUUUCCGACCCUUCGAAAUCUUCCACGUACACGUCGGACGAGAAUGCGCUGCUCGUGCGGCUGAAGGAAAAAGAGGCAAUGUCAUGGUCUGAGAUUACGACUCACUUCCCAGGUCGAAACAUGUCAUCCCUUCAAGUUCACUAUUCAACCAAAUUACGCCACAAGGCCAGCUCUCGGUCUGGAAGACCGAAGAAACGCCAAUGA